AGAUCAUUUAACCGUUUCUUCAUUUACUCUAGGCAGUUCUUCAGUCAGUGUAUCUCCACUACCACAGACACGACGUUUCUGUCGGUCCUGUGAGCGUACCUUGCCACGCGUGAACUGAGGGACUGAAUGAAACGCGGCAUGUCACAGCGAAACCAAUGAACGACACGGGUCCUUAAAGAGAGGAUUGCCUUUUGCCAUCUCAGUUUUCCACCCCCCCGGGAAAAUGCUCUGAGGUUCGAAUCGGCAGCGCGCGGAGUUGGCGUUCCUUUAACAGUUCCAGCCUACAGCGACAUUCUGCAGGAAACAACAGCGCAUUAUUUAAUAUAGGGACACAAAUAUUUCUCCAAUUGCCAGAGGGAUGAAUACCAGCGAUGCCAAGGAAUAUCUCGCAAGGAGAGAGAUACCUCAGCUCUUUGAGAGCCUGUUAACAGGUUUGAUGUAUUACCGGCCGGAUGACCCGGUAGAUUAUUUGGAGAGCUGUCUGAAGAAGGUGAGGGAACUUGGGGGUACCGACAAGGUCAGAUGGGACACCUUUGUGGGCCAGGACAAGAAAUCCCUGCCCCCCCUCAACGGAGGCCAAUCCCGAAGGUCCUUCUUCAGAAACGUGCUUCCAGACAGUCCAAAUUUCCCGUACCGACGGUAUGACCGCCUGCCACCCAUCCACCAGUUCUCCAUCGAGAGCGACUCGGACCUGUCCGAGACCGCCGAGCUGAUCGAGGAAUACGAGGUGUUCGACUCGUCCAGGCCUCGGCCCAAAGUUAUCCUCAUCAUCGGUGGGCCAGGCAGCGGUAAAGGCACACAGAGCCUCAAGCUGGCCGAGCGCUACGGGUUCGAGUAUGUGUCGGUGGGGGAGCUGCUGAGGAAGAAGAUGAUACACAACGCCACCAGCAACAGGAAGUGGAGCCUGAUUGCUAAGAUCAUCACCAAUGGGGAGCUGGCUCCGCAGGAAACGACUAUAACUGAGAUCAAACAGAAGAUUAUGAAGAUCCCAGAUGCCACUGGUAUUGUCAUUGAUGGCUUCCCUCGCGAUGUUGGACAAGCAUUAUCCUUUGAGGAUCAGAUUUGCACCCCUGACCUGGUGGUGUUCUUGGCCUGCACCAACCACCGCCUGAAGGAGAGGCUGGAGAAACGGGCGGAGCAGCAGGGCCGACCCGACGACAACCCCAAAGCCACUGAGCGGCGCCUGGCCAACUUCAAACAGAACGCCAUCCCUCUGGUCAAGUACUUCCAGGAGAAGGGCCUCAUCGUCACGCUUGAUGCAGACAGAAAUGAAGAGGAGGUCUUCUAUGAUAUCAGCGUAACCGUUGACAACAAGCUCUUUCCCACCAAAGAACCAAUUGCUGGCCCCAGUGAACUCGACCUCAGCCUGCUGGUGGAAACCUCCAGCUUAGCGGACGGGUCCUCUGAAUUCGACGAGCAGGCCGAUGAUGAAGUGACGGGGUACGCGGGAGCGAAUGCAGCAGGGUUUCCAGAGGAGAUGAAGAAACAGAAGAUCAUCUUUGUGAUCGGGGGGCCGGGCUCAGGGAAGGGGCUGCAGUGUGAGAAGCUGGAGGAGCGUUUCGGCCUCAGGAUCCUCUCCCCCUGGGAGCUGCUCCGCAGCGAGAUGCAGGCCGACGGCGAGAGGGGCCGCUUCAUACGGGACGUCCUGGAGAGAGGGGAGCAGCUGCCUAUGGACACGCUGAUGGAGCUGCUGGGAGAAGCCAUGGCCGCCGCCCCCUACCACGGGAAGGGCUUGGUGAUGGACGGCUUCCCGCGAGAUGUCCGGCAGGCGGAGGAGUUUGAAGCCAAGAUUGGCGAGCCCAGCCUGGUUCUGCUGCUGGAGUGCUCCGCUGACACUAUGUCCAGGCGUCUGCUACAACGGGCUGGCCAGGGCCUCAGGGCCGAGGGUGCGAGAGAUGCAGUGCGCAAGAGACUGGAGAGCUUCGGCAGCACAUGCGAGCAAGUCGCCGCCCACUACGAGCGCAGGAGACUGCUACACAAGAUUGAUGCAGAAAGGCCCCCUGAUGAGGUAUUCCAGCUGAUCUGCCGGGCUCUGGAUUUUUAUUAAGAAAUCCCAGGGACCUCAGCGCUGCCACCCAGUGGACUGGAUGUCUAAUAGAAAUUGCAUUUGGGCCCUGGACCACCCCUCCCCUAAAAGACCCACUGACUGAACCCACAGCUGCUUUCCUUAGCACCAAGGCUUCUGUAAGGAUCCGCACGGCACCCUGGGGCAGCCAUGCACGCUCGGGUGAACUCUUAGGAAGACCCACAGACGAGCCACUCGCGAAUGAUGACAGAUUGGAUUGUGCUACUGCGGUGACAAAAUGCUCCAACCAUCUGAUGAUUGUAAACCCCCCCCCCCUCCAUUGCUCCGCCGCCC